AGAAAUUUAGUGGAAGCAUACAAGGAAUGAAGACAAGAAGAGAUAAGAAAUAAAAAAUAAGAUCAAGGCAAGAGGAACCAACAUGGACAAAGAAAGAGAAAGCAGAAUUACCGAUAACGAAGGAGGAGGGAGAGGAGACGAUUAUUCAGGUGGACAAGGGAGAGGGAUGAGAAGAAGGGGAUGGGAGAAAGGAGGAAGCAGCAAUAAAAAAGAAGAAAUGGCGAAACUGGAAAAGGAAUUGGAGCAAGAAAUUCGUUACAGGGACACCAUCCUCUGGUCGGUGGGAGUUCUGCAACAGAGUGUUGACGAAUUGCAGAAACAACUCGACGAUCUCAACGAUGGUGAGGAUGAAGACAGCGAAUUUAAGCUCCGUUACGAGGCUCAGCUGGAACUCAACAGCAAACUCGAGGAGCAGACGCUGUGGUACGAAGAGGAAGUGGAGAAGACGAAGGAAAAGAUUAAGAAAGCCUUUCAACGGGUUCCCAACAGCAUAACCACCAUAUGUCAGGAAUUUUCCUACGAUGCGGAUCUGGACAAAUACACAGAGUUUGAACUCCUGAGGAUGGUGAAGAGUUUGGAGAGAGAGAGGAAUAACUUGUACAGUGAUCUGAGGAACAAGAGCUGGCUGUUGGAUAACCAGUCGAAGGAAUACCACCACCUGAAGGAGCUGAUCCGCGCCUACACGGGCGACCUGACCAUCGUGAACCGGUCGCUGGAGCACAUGUGGCGCCAGAGGAGCAUCAGUCGGGACUCGGGCUUCGCCGGGGGCGCCACGCCCGUCACCUCCCCGGGCGGCGUCAAGUGGAGGUCGGUCAUAGGUGUACUGCGUGAUAUAAGCAGCGGUCAGUCCGGCAUCCGCCCUUCGCAGCGCAUCCUGGACCCGCGCAAAGGCCCCAUCAGGAAGACGGUGGGCGUGCGCUCCCUCCCGCGCCUCGACCAGGAAGCUCUUGAUUACUACGACGCCGCGGGACUCAGCAGGAAGGCGCGAUCCAGGUCGCGAGGACGAGCGAGGACCCGAGCCAAGUCCCUGGAGGCGAAGAAGGAGUCCGACAGGCUGAUGAGGGAGGACGAGCGGGCCAAAUCGUCGGGCGAAGUCGUGUCGCAGAGGUCGUCCUCGGGAGUCUUCGAGGAGUCGUCGUACGAGGCGAGCAACGAGGCCUCGACCAGCGCCUCCGUCGAGCUCGGGUCGGAGAAGUGA